UAACUGAAACUGUAAAUGCAUAAUCUAUGUUUUAGUUCUCAAGAAGCACUGCCACACCCCAGAAAUCAGGUGAUGGCUUGCCACCUAUUCAUAGGUGGGACAGACCUCGCUCGUUGCAUGCAUGCAAAGCAAACCUUUGCAAAAUCGGAUCCAACAUACAGUCGUACCUUCCCAUCCAUCCAAUGACGUGAUCUCUCUUUUGUUUUGUUCCAAACUAACUCACGGGAAAAUCCCACUUUUCAGUAAACGUUGUAACGGAAUAUCAAUUAGUAAACCCCUUCGCUUCGAUCGCUAUUGUUGGUGCCGCCGUGCCGCCGAACAGCGAACCCAAUGCGGAGCUACUACAGUGUAGUAUUCCAUAAUUUUGCUUCCUCGCUCUUCUAUAGAUCUAUGGCAUACUUGUUGGACAGCGCAUACCUUUUUUAGCACCAACUCAGCCGCAACAUAGCUGGCUACCAUUGGUAUUGAGGUGCCGGUCGUUGUGCCUUCAGAAACUGUUCUAUACUUGUUUUCCUUUUGGCAAGGUACACUCCAACUCCCAGAAUGGAAAGCUCUAAACCCAAACGCAAAGCUUCUUUGGAAGAGGAUCAACAACCCAGUAACAAGUGUCCAAAGAAGUCACCCACCGAUGACUUGAUUUGUCCCAUCACUCUGGAAUUGCCAUGGGAUCCUGUUAUUGCAGAGGAUGGACGAGUCUAUGAACGAGAAUCUAUUGAGGAACACAUUGAGAACAAACAGGGAGAUCUCAGAUCACCAAUCACCAAUGGAAAGAUGGGCAGCAAGCUCUGUCCAGCAAACUGGGUUCACAACCACAUUGAUACCUUGGUCGAGUUUGGUGUCAUUGAUGGAGAUCUGGCUGACAAGUGGAAUGAAAAGGUGAAGCAGAAGAAGGAAAUGGAAGAACUGUUGAAGAAGGCAGAAGGUGGAGAUGCACGCGCCAUGUAUGAUCUAGGAGUCAACUAUCAGUAUGGAAGUGAUGGUUUCAAGAAAGAUCCGAAGGCAGCCUUUCAGUGGGCCAUGAUGUACAUCUCCAUGGCAGCAGGCCAAGGAUCAGACUGGGCGGCAUAUGAAUUGGGAAUGGCACUGGCAGAUGGCUUGCAUGGUGUCAUCAAGGACAAAGCAGAGGCCAUUCGUUGGCUUGAAGAGGCUGUUGGGGACUGUAGAUACAAGCACUUGAGUUUGCCUGCCAAGAACCAAGCCCGCGAAACACUAAAUGAGCUCAAGGCGCAAACUAGUGACUGA